AUGCCCCCUCCAACUGUCGGUGACGCAUGGCUCAAGGACCGACGGUUUGGAAUUGUCGUUGAUGCCGGAUCGUCUGGCUCGCGCGUUCAAAUCUACAGCUGGAGGGACCCACGAACACUGGAGGUCAGCAAGGGUAGUCGGUUGGCCUCAACACUGCCCAAGGUGGAGAAGGGUACACGCGACGGGGAAAAUUGGAUGUUCAAAGUUGAGCCAGGCAUAUCUUCGUUCGCAGACAAACCGCAGCAGAUAGCAGACCAUCUUCGACCCCUCUUAGCCCAUGCUCGAAAUCUCAUACCACCCUCUCUCCAACACGAGACCCCGCUUUUCCUUCUCGCGACGGCGGGAAUGCGGCUACUUCCGCCAGAGAAACAAGCUACUUUGCUGCAAGACGCCUGCACUUUCCUGGUUCACCACUCCGAGUUCAAAAUCGACGGUCCUUCUAAGACAGGCCCUUGUGGGUCGAGUGUUCGCAUCAUAACGGGAGAAGAAGAAGGGCUGUUUGGUUGGAUUGCGGUUAACUAUCUCAUGGAUGGGUUUCAAGCUGGCCAGACUACAUAUGGCUUCCUGGAUAUGGGCGGCGCGUCAACACAAAUUGCAUUUGAACCCCAAAGCGCACAUGUCGACGAUGAAAUGACUCUCAUCGAAGUUCGUCUACGACGACUCAGUGGGGAGGAGAUUCAUCACAAGGUUUUCGUAACAACAUGGCUCGGAUACGGGACAAACCAAGCCAGGGAGCGGUAUGUUGGCCAGGCAAUAACCGACCACGAGAAGAGCCGAGGCGAAGGUGGAGACGAUGUUGUUCAUGACCCAUGUCUUCCACUCAAUUUGGAGCUCGCGGAACACCCCAUUCAUACUGCAGCGUCUAGCGACCACGCCAAGAAAACACACAAAUUACUCGGUACAGGCUCAUUCGAACAAUGCAUGCGGAAGACGGCUCCCUUACUCAACAAAAGCGCUCCGUGUCCUGAUACUCCUUGUCUCAUGAACGGUGUCCAUGUUCCUACCAUCGACUUUUCUGUCUCUCAUUUCAUCGGCGUCUCCGAAUAUUGGUACUCUUCUGAGCAUGUCUUUGGAUUGGGAGGACCAUACGACUUUGUUCAAUACGAACGCGCCGCAUCCAAGUUUUGCUCACGAAACUGGGCUGAUAUCUUGAAAGAACACGACAAAAGCGGGCAUCGGCAUAGUGGAGAUGGGGAGGUUGAGAAGGACGGGAAAAUUGUAGAAGUUGGCAAUUGGAGUGACAAGGUCGAGGUCAGCAGACUUCAAAUGCAAUGUUUCAAGGCUGCCUGGGUCGCAAACGUUCUCCAUGAUGGUAUUGGCAUGCCACGUAUCAUCGACAAAGGUGGAAACAACACCACAGAUGGAGAAAAGGUCGCUGUACAAGCGGAGAAGAAAGGCUUGGGGCGCCCAACCUUUCAAUCAGUCGACACAGUUGGCGACAUCGCGAUCAGUUGGACAUUGGGGAAGAUGGUGCUUGAGGCAAGCAAGGAGGUGGUUCCGCUGGUUAAAUCAACGCCGCCUAUCGCAGACCCUUUGGAAGAGCCUGCAAAUUCCAAUUCGCCCAUCAAGCCAAUACAGCUGCCGGGGAUAAGGGAAACGAUAGAGGACACACUAGAAGAUCAUCUUCCUGCAGCCCUUACCAGAGAAGAGCUGGGCUUCUCGCCAGUUAUGGUGUUACUCUACCUCCUCAUGCUGAUCGCGUUUGUGCUUAUCACAUACCCGUUGAUGAGGCGGUUGCGUUCAUUGGGCCUGCGUUUAAUAGCGGGAAGGGAACGCAGAGGGGUGUUACUGGAGGAGGGAAAGGGCGGUUUAACACAGAGCAACUGGAGUCGGUGGAUACGACGACUAACCUCCAUCUCUGUUGGGGCGACAACUGCCAAUUCUCAACGACCAACAAGCAUAUAUGUGCCAGGUAACGGAGCGAGCCCCGAAACACUGCCACCGCCUGUUUAUGGCUUUGCCUCGACGACUUCGAGGUCUCCAUCGCCUGGACCGGCUUUCAUUGAAGUUGGCGAAGCGGAUCCACCUUCUAAUGGGUUAUCGUCGAGGUCAAGGAAUCCAUCCUACAAGAAUCUGGAAGCCUCUAACGCGAACAGGUUCUUUAAAACGUACUUGACGCGACAACUCGCUGCCACGACUACAACCGAGAGCAAGAUGAGCUCGAGACCGAGUGUAAUUCUGCAGCCGUCAGUGAGCACGACCACCGUGACUACGACGACAACGACAACGACAACUUACGCGCCGAUUCCACUUCCCCCAUUACCCACGCCCAUUGAGCCCACCGACCCGAAAGAGUACCCAUUGCUGCACGCCUCUCUCCCCAGCAGUCUACGCAAGUUUCCGUUGGUAUUUCCUGGUGGCACGAGAGCAACAUUCAGAGAUUCGGAUGGCGACAGUGACAAUGGGGAGGGACGACCCGACUACGAUGACGAGCGGGAUUCUCACGGGGAGGGGUGGAGAAUGCUCCGCCGAGAUGACCCGCCAGAGCCUGUCGUUGGUCUGGUAGAGGCUGUUGAGAGAUAUGGAAAGAAAAGGGCCUGGGGAGAAGGCGGAGAAAGUCCCUCAAGAAAGAAACCCCGGCCACCACCAUCUCCACCCGGCUCCCGCCAGGGCUCGCCAUUUGAGCCUGACUUGGCCCUGACCACACUUCUUACCCUCCCCUCCCUCGUUUCGCACUUCACCGCUCUUCCGCCAGCAUUGCAGUCACAUUUCCUAUUAACCCUUUUGCGACAUUCACCGUUACCCGUUCUCAGAAAUGUCCACUCGGUGCUUACACCAACGCUUGCCCGCGACUUCCUUACCCUCCUCCCGCCAGAAUUGGGCUCCCACAUUCUGUCUUUCUUGCCCUUUCCCACUCUCGCUCGUGCUGCCCGGGUUUCGAAAUCAUGGCGGGCACUCAUCGACGCUGAUCCGCUUGUCUGGACAUCACUCCUCAAGUCGUAUGGUAUGUUCUGGGGCUCAGAAGCUGCCUUUUUGCGUGCCCAUCGCAGAUUACCAUAUCCACAUCGUGCGCUCUUCCAGUCGCGAUAUCUUACACAGGCUCGAUGGGCCACGGCGCCGGCUCCCGUCCACCGCAGCUUUCUCGCACACGGAAGCAGUGUUGUCACCUGCCUUAUUCUCUCCAAAGGACGCGUCAUUUCCGCCUCCGACGACCACUCAAUUCAUGUCUACGAUCCCCUUUCAGGAGAGCAAAAACAUGCGUUGCAAGGCCACGAAGGCGGCGUAUGGGCACUUGCCGCAACCGGUGAUAUGCUUGUUUCGGGCUCUACCGACCGCACUGUGAGAAUUUGGGACUUGGUUUCUGGACGCUGCACCCAUGUUUUUGGUGGUCACACGAGUACAGUGCGGUGUCUGUCGAUUGUUCACCCUGAAUGGAUCGAGAUGGACAAUGGCAGACGGGAGAAGUGGCCGAAAAGGGCGUUAAUUGUGACGGGGUCGAGGGACCAUACGUUAAGGGUGUGGACGCUUCCUAGACCGGACGACACGCCGUAUUCUUGUUUUGACGAGGGUGAUCCAGAGGAUGCAGAGGAUAACCCAUAUCAUCGCCAUCAUCUUCAAGGACAUGACCACGCGGUUCGUGCACUUGCUGCCCGCGGAAGGACGCUUGUUUCCGGCUCCUACGAUUCAACUGUCCGUGUAUGGGACCUCGUCAGUGGUGAUUGUCGUUGGGUGCUUGCUGGUCACACUCAGAAAGUUUACAGUGUCGUUCUUGACCCAAUGCGAGACCAAGCCUGCUCCGGCUCUAUGGAUGGGACUGUUCGUAUUUGGGACUUGAAGACAGGUCGAUGUGCCCAUACUCUGACUGGCCAUACAUCGCUGGUGGGUCUUUUGGGGCUAUCGCCUCGAACACUUGUUAGUGCGGCCGCCGACUCGACUCUCCGGGUCUGGGACCCCACAACCGGCGCCUUACUCCAUACCCUUGCCGCCCAUACUGGUGCGAUCACGUGCUUCCAGCAUGACGAAUUCAAGGUGCUCAGCGGUAGUGACGGCACGCUGAAGAUGUGGAAUAUCCGCGACGGAAGCGUGACGCGCGACUUGCUCACCGGGAUUACGGGUGUUUGGCAGGUCGUGUUCGAAGGCCGCUGGUGUGUUGCCGCGAGCAAUCAGACGAGAGGGGGGACUGUCCAGACCGUGUUAGACGUGUGGGACUUUGCGGGUGAAGGCGAAGACUGGGUGGGAGAGCCGCCUGGUGGCGUAUAUGACGAGGGAAGCGACAGCGAUGCUGACGAGGAAGACGACCAAGACAGCGGGGUUUUCAGACGCGGGAUGGAUAUGGUGGUGGAGGAAGAUGACGACACGGAGCAGGAUGUUGACGCGAUGGCCAUGGACGACGACCAGGACAUUAUUCUGCGGAGUCGGAGCGCAUCACGUGUGGCGGAGAGUCUCAUUGAGGUCGAUGAGCCUGGUGAAGGCGACAUUGGGGUCGGCAGUUCAAUAUGGGCGCCUCCGUUACCUUCAAGAACGAAUACCCGGAGGUCCACGAGAACCACAACUUCAUCAACAUCACCGCCGUCAACUGUAGCAGGCCCUUCAAAGCGGUCAGCGACUGAAGAGGCUGGUGGGUCGUCGUCGCGUCAGAGAGGGCAAAGAAGGUCUAGUCGGCGAUAA